AUGGAGCUCAGGACGGUGGUGGCCACGGUGGAGAGCGGGGAGCAAGACACGGUUCUCAAGGUGCUUCAGGUCUACAACCAGGAGAAAUCUCAGUGCUUCAUCUUUGACGAUGAGGAGCGGGAAGAGAGGAAGAAAAUGGCCCAGCUGCUGAUCAAGUUCAUGGAGAGAGAGCUGCAGCCGUCCUGCCAGGUCACCUGCCUGGAGAGCAUCCGCAUCCUGUCCCGGGACAAGCACUGCCUGGACCCCUUCACCACCAAGGAAGGCCUGAAGACCCUCUCCAGGCACGCUGGCAUCGAUUCCUCAGAGGAGCUCAUCGGGGAGGUCCCAGACUUGGACGUGAUCCUGGAGUCCCUGAAGUGUCUGUGCAACAUCGUGUUCAGCAGCCCGCGGGCGCAGGAGCUGGCGGCGCAAGCGCGGCUGGUGCUGGGCCUGGCCCGUCGCAUCAAGCUCUACAACGAGAGGAGCCUCCCCCACGAGGUCAAGUUCUUCGACCUGCGUCUGCUCUUCCUGCUGACAGCCCUGAGGGUGGACGUCAGGCAGCAGCUCAGCCAGGAGCUCAGGGGCAUCAGCCUGAUGACCGACACCCUGGAGCUGACCCUCGGGGUGAAGUGGUUGGACCCUUACGAAGUGGCCACCGAGGAGGGACUUCUCCCUCCUUUGCCUCGGCAGGAGACAGAGAGGGCCAUGGAGAUCCUGAAAGUGCUCUUCAAUAUCACCUUUGAUUCCAGCAAGAGGGAGGUGGAUGAGGAAGAUGCUGCUUUGUACCGGCACUUGGGUGCCCUCCUGCGCCACUGCCUGAUGAUCGCUGCGGAUGGGGAGGAGCGCACGGAGGAGUUCCACAGCCACACGGUUAACCUUUUGGGCAACCUGCCCCUGAAGUGUCUGGAUGUCCUCCUGACCCCCAAAGUCCGGCCAGGCUCGCUGGAGUACAUGGGUGUCAACAUGGAUGCUGUCAGUAUCCUGCUGGAUUUCCUGGAGCGGCGCCUGGACAGGGGCCACAAGCUGAAGGAGAGUUUGACCCCUGUGCUGAACCUGCUGACUGAGAGCGCCCGGGUCCACCGCCAGACCAGGAAGUUCCUGAAGGCGAAGGUGCUGCCGCCGCUGCGGGACGUGCGGAACCGCCCGGAGGUGGGGAACGCGCUGCGGAACAAGCUGGUGCGGCUCAUGACCCACAUCGACACGGACGUCAAGCACUGCGCGGCCGAGUUCCUCUUCGUGCUCUGCAAGGAGAGCGUGUCGCGGUUUGUGAAGUACACGGGCUACGGGAACGCUGCGGGGCUCCUGGCAGCACGGGGCCUCAUGGCCUGUGAUCGGGAGGAGGGAGAGUACUCGGAAGAUGAAGACACAGAUACAGAGGAGUACAAAGAGGCAAAGCCCAACAUCAACCCUGUGACAGGACGUGUUGAGGAGAAACUGCCCAACCCCAUGGAAGGGAUGACUGAGGAGCAGAAGGAAUACGAAGCCAUGAAGCUGGUCAACAUGUUUGACAAACUGUCCAGAGAGCAGGUGAUCCAGCCCAUGGGCAUCACGCCCAGCGGCAGCCUGGCCCCCAUGGACAGCGCCAUCCACGACAUGGCUGAGGAGAGGUCCUCAUCCGACUCAGACCUGGGGCUGGACUGAUCCAGGCCUCUCGCCCAGCCUCGGAGCUGGGGAGCCUCCCUCUGUGCUCCCUCCAGAACUGGUGCUGCACCCAGAGGCUCAUCCUAGGACAGGACUCUCCC